CAAGUAACAAUCCUCGGGAGUUGAGUUCUGAAUUAACUGCAAAUGACGUAGUUACUAGAGCAUAAAUAAAUAUAUAUAUGAAUAAAUAUUCAGCGCUAUACUGAGAAAACAAGGAUCGGAGUCUAGCAAUAUUUUGCCCUCCCCUUUUGAUAAAGUAUAAAAUGAACACUGAAACAGGCAUGUUAUAUCAUUCAGCUGAUUAAAGAUGGAUCUGCAAAUCUCAGUUUUUCUUCUGUUCAUUCUUUUCACUGCAGGACACUCUCUCGUCUGUAAUCAGUGCCCAGGUGUGUCAAGCUCUUGUGACCAGGUACCAUGCCCAAAUGGAUUUCCCAGCUGCUUUGCUGCAACAGCGUAUAUUGGUGGCAUUACUUCUCUAGCGACAGUUAAAAGUUGUGCUCCUGAAAAUGGCUGUCCAAGUGGGUCCGUCAACUUCGGUACUAUAAAGCUGUCUUCUUACUGCUGUAGCAACGACCUGUGUAAUGCCAAAGAUGCCCCAGAUCCCAUCACUAACACCCCAAAUGGAAACAUAUGUUACUAUUGUAAUGGACUGAACUGCUCAAGCAUAUUGACCUGUUCAGGGAGUGAAAACCGCUGCAUUAAAGCAACAGGGACUUUUGGAGGCGAGUCAGUGGGUGUAAAAGGCUGUAUCUCUAAAGCCAUUUGUGAUGCAGCAUCAUUGGUUCCUAAUGUUCAGGGCAUCUCAUGUUGUAAGGGGAACCUGUGUAACGGUGCUCAGAGUGUCACCAAGAGCUUCCUGUUCCUCUGCUGUUCUCUGCUCUCCUACUUCCUGCUGCACUGAAUCCAGCAGCUCUUCAGAUCCUACAAUGAGACACACUGUACUGAAUAUAUAGCUUGUAUUUUCUCUGUACUGUAUUUGGUGUCCUGAUGUGAUUUUGUCUGAUAUGAAAUAAAAUACUACAUA